AAAGCGGUGGCGCGGAGAGCGGAGGCGCGGAGAGAAGAGAGAACUCAGAGAAGUGGAGAGUGGAGAAGGUGAUCAGUCGUGGUGAAUGGCGGGUCGUGUACGAAGCUUCACGUAAGGUUGAUGCUACAUCCGCGUGAUUCGUGUCCGUUGCGCGUCGUUUAUCGUCAGGCAGCAGGAGCAGCGUCCAGUGGAUCCGCGCGCAGGAACAUGAUCGAUCCGGGAACUCGUGGUAACGUGGUUCCGCGAUUAAUUCGGGUCGAGUAGCGACGUCGUCGCCCGGUGGUGCCUGGCGCCGAGGCUUUUGCUCGAAUUUAAAGUGCGUGCGGGCGGGCGGGCGGGCGUGCGUACGUGCGUGCGUGCGUGCCAGUCAGCCAGCCAGCGUCGAAGGAACGGACGGCGCGGCGCGGCGUGCCUCCGAUCCCCGAAUCACGGCAUCACGACAUCACGGCAAUGGGAUCGAGGAACAACGAGAUUCGCGGCUGCGGGACGCACCGUUGCGCUCAAGAUAUGGCCUGCGAUCGCACCGAGACCGACUUUGAGUUCACGGUGCCGCCGGAAGCUCCAGUGUUCGAGCCGACCAACGAGGAGUUCCACGACCCUCUCGCCUACAUCGCCAAGAUACGGCCGAUCGCCGAGAGGUCCGGCAUCUGCAAGAUUAAACCGCCACCCAACUGGCAGCCACCAUUUGCCGUGGACGUGGACAAAUUCAAAUUUGUUCCGAGAAUACAAAGGUUAAACGAAUUAGAAGCCAAGACCAGGAUAAAGCUUAAUUUCUUAGAUCAAAUCGCAAAGUUUUGGGAGCUUCAAGGUUCCUCCUUGAAAAUUCCGCUGGUAGAACGCAAGGCAUUAGACUUGUAUUCCCUACAUAAAAUAGUCACAGACGAAGGUGGCAUAGAAACUGUGACCAAGGAAAGAAGAUGGGCAAAAAUUGCCAAUAAACUGGGCUAUCCAUCCGGACGAAGCGUAGGCAGCAUAUUGAAAAAUCACUACGAGAGAAUUUUAUAUCCCUUUGACGUUUUCAAGCAAGGAAAGACAUUGUCAGAUAUUAAAAUGGAGCCAGAUUCGGACGCGAAUGAGAAGAGGGAUCGCGAUUAUAAGCCGCAUGGCAUAAUAUCUCGACAGCAAAUUAAACCGCCAAAUGAAAAAUUCUCGCGGCGAUCUAAGCGAUUUUCCGGGCAAGAAGAGAAGCAAGAUGCAUCGAUUAAACAGGAAGACUGCAAGGAGGAAUGCGAUUCGGACAAUGAAUGCAAGGAUAAGAUUAAAAACAGGCUCAGUUGCGAUACGGAUAAAAGCAAAGAACUUAAAAAAUUACAAUUUUACGGACCAGGCCCGAAAAUGGCUGGCUUUAAUACCAAAGAGGGAAAGAAAUCUAACAAAACGCGUGGUUUGAAACUUGUUUACGAUUUUGAUCCUUUGGCCAAAUAUAUUUGUCACAAUUGCGGGAGAGGUGACAAUGAAGAAAACAUGCUGUUGUGCGAUGGAUGUGAUGACAGCUAUCACACAUUUUGCCUUAUGCCACCAUUGACGGAAAUACCAAAGGGUGACUGGCGAUGUCCCAAGUGCGUCGCCGAGGAGGUCUCGAAGCCAAUGGAGGCGUUCGGCUUCGAACAAGCGCAGAGAGAGUACACGCUGCAGCAAUUCGGAGAAAUGGCUGAUCAGUUCAAGAGCGACUACUUUAAUAUGCCUGUGCAUAUGGUUCCAACAUCACUAGUGGAAAAAGAGUUCUGGCGAAUAGUCUCGUCCAUCGACGAAGACGUGACUGUAGAAUACGGCGCCGACUUGCACACGAUGGAUCAUGGAUCCGGAUUUCCAACCAAGACCAGCGUUAAUUUAUUCACUUGCGAUCAAGAAUAUGCCGAAUCUUCGUGGAAUUUGAAUAAUUUGCCAGUUUUACGUGGAAGCAUCCUGGGUCACAUUAAUGCUGAUAUUAGUGGCAUGAAAGUUCCUUGGAUGUAUGUCGGCAUGUGCUUCGCGACAUUCUGUUGGCACAAUGAGGAUCAUUGGAGUUAUUCCAUUAAUUAUCUGCAUUGGGGCGAACCAAAGACAUGGUAUGGCGUACCGGGUUCUCAGGCGGAACGUUUCGAGAAAUCCAUGAAGUCCGCCGCACCGGAACUGUUUCACAGUCAGCCCGAUUUGUUGCAUCAACUUGUUACCAUUAUGAACCCAAAUAUAUUAAUAAGCGAAGGAGUACCGGUAUUUAGAACAGAUCAGCACGCAGGUGAAUUUGUCGUGACAUUUCCAAGAGCGUACCACGCAGGCUUUAAUCAGGGUUACAAUUUUGCAGAAGCUGUCAAUUUUGCACCAGCAGAUUGGCUUAAGAUCGGACGGGAAUGCAUCACGCAUUAUUCAAAUUUAAGAAGAUUCUGUGUAUUUUCUCACGAUGAGCUAGUUUGUAAAAUGUCAUUGGAUCCAGAUACGUUAGAUAUCGGAGUCGCAACCGCGACGUAUCACGACAUGUUGCAAAUGGUGGAGGAUGAGAAAAAAUUGCGGAAAAACUUACUAGAAUGGGGUGUGACGGAGGCGGAACGUGAGGCUUUCGAGCUUCUACCAGACGAUGAGAGACAGUGCGAAGCAUGCAAGACUACCUGUUUCCUGAGUGCAGUUACAUGUUCGUGCCACAGCUCGCAGUUAGUUUGUCUGAGACACUUUGCUGAGUUGUGUACCUGUCCACCAGAGAAGCAUACGUUGCGUUAUCGAUAUACGUUGGACGAGCUACCGAUCAUGUUGCAAAAAUUAAAACUGAAGGCUGAGUCGUUUGACUCGUGGGUGACCAAAGUGAAGGAAGCGAUGGUUCCUAAAAAUGACAAAAUUGAAUUAACCGAGUUGAAAGAACUUUUGAACGAAGCUGAAAACAAAAAGUUUCCCGAGAGCGAAUUACUGACGGCUUUAACGACCGCUGUGCAAGAUGCUGAGAAAUGCGCGAGCGUUGCGCAACAGCUAUUAAACAACAAACAGCGUACGAGGACUAGACAAACGGUCGAUACCGCUAAGUAUAAGCUCACUGUGGAAGAAUUAACACUUUUCUAUAAGGAAUUAACCAACCUGUGCUGUGAGCUUAAGGAAUCGGAUGGCGUAAAAUUUAUACUCGAUCAAGUAUUACAGUUUCAAAAGGAUGCGGCAGAAUUGGAGAAAGACGAGAAAUGCGAUGUUGAGAAAUUGAAGAAAUGCAUCGAUUUUGGUGAUUCUAUUUGCAUCGAAUUACCCCAACUAGUACGAUUGAAACAAAAAUUGGCACAGAUACAGUGGCUAGAAGAAGUAAAAUCCCUCCAAGAUGAUCCGAAAUCUAUUAGUCGCGAAGAGCUUGCCAAAUUGAUCGAGAAAGGCAUGACGAUACCGCCUCAUGUCAAGAUCGAAGAUAGAUUGUCAGAAUUGCACGCGUUAACGAAGGCGAUCGAUAAGUGGGAAGAGAAGGCCAAAGUGUUUCUCAACACCAAAAAUAGACGAACUAUCGUGGCUGUGGAAGAGUUUAUUCGCGAGGCUGAUAAGGUUGAGGCAUAUUUGCCGAGUUUGGAUACUCUUCAAGAUAUUCUGAACAAAGCGAAGACGUGGACGAAACUGAUCGACGAUAUACGAGCGAGAGAGAACUUUCCGUAUUACGAUACCUUGGACGAUUUGUUAAGGAAAGGAAGAAACAUCCCUUUGCAUCUAAAUGACCUUCCGACGCUGGAAUCUACGCUUUCACAGGCGAAAGGAUGGAAAGAAAGGACCGCGAGAACAUUUCUGAGGAAGAACUCGCACUAUACGCUGAUGGAAGCUCUAUCGCCGCGAAUCGGCGUCGGUGUACAGGCAAUGAAAACUAAGAAGAAUAAAGGCGACGAAUCCAUAGGCGCCGUUUAUGUCUGUGAUACAAAAUUGGACGAUUCUAGCAACUCGGCGAACGUGGUAGCUGCCUUCAAGCUGGCAGAACAGCGCGAAAUGGAGGCUAUGAGAAGCUUGAGAGAGAGAAAUUUGAUGAAGAUGAAAGUUGAAGUAGAAGAUUCCAAGUAUUGCGUUUGCCGGCGACCAAGAUUCGGCAUUAUGCUCCAGUGCGAGCUUUGCAAGGAUUGGUUCCACACAAACUGUGUGCCUCUGUCUAAGACAUCAUACAAAGGUAAACCACCAGGGCCGAGGGACAUGAAGUUUUUGUGUCCGUGCUGUCUACGUUCUCGACGACCUCGUCUGGAAACUAUACUGGCUCUCUUAGUGAGCCUUCAGAAAAUUCCGAUCCGAUUGCCAGAGGGAGAAGCGUUGCAGUGCUUAACGGAACGCGCGAUGAAUUGGCAGGAUCGAGCGAGGAAAGCUUUGUCUACCGACGAAGUCUCAUCGAUACUGACGAAACUUUCUGUAAUGUCGCAAAAGUUAGUAGAAGCUGCAGCGAGAGAGAAAACGGAAAAAAUUAUCAGCAGCGAGUUGAAAAAGGCAGCGAAUAAUCCUGAAUUGCAUCAAAGAGUGCAGGCUAUCGCGCCACUUAGCGGAGUGCAUUCGGAUGAUAGCACGCUUAGCACUGCUGAUGACGAUGACGAUAUUGUUACCUUGGAUGACGAACCAACAUGUAGUACUUUCAAUAGUAAUGAACACGCAUAUUCAUAUAUCUCGAAAGUUCGGCGGAAAACUCAAUCGAGUGACAGUGAGUCAUUCGGUACAUUAUCUUCAAGUACGAGAUCGCGUUUGGAGGAACUUAUGAUGGAAGGUGACUUGUUAGAAGUCGCAUUGGACGAAACACAGCACAUUUGGCGCAUAUUGAGUUACAUGAAUACUCACAACACCAUGCGGAAAUACAAGUCGCUCGAGGAAGUCCAAGCGAAUAUCAAUCAGGAGAUGAAGGAUGUGAAGAAACGGGGUAGGAAGAGGAAAUCAGAGGAGUUCGAGUUACUUAAGAAAAUCGGGCGACAAAAAGCUGAUGAGAAAAAUGUGGUUAAACGCAGCAAAAGCGGCGGUCCUAUCACUAAGGAAAAAAGACAGAGCAAUUCACCGAUCCCUGUAAAGCGCGGACCUCGAAAGAUGAAACGCAAGAGCGAGGGCGAUGAAAGUCCUAGGAAGCGAGGCGGUAAUCGCACGAAGAAGACCAAGCAAGAAAGUUCGGACGAAGAGGACGAUUGCGCGGCGGUUAACUGCUUACGGCCUAGUGGUAAAGAAGUAGAUUGGGUUCAGUGUGACGGUGGCUGCGAAGGUUGGUUCCAUAUGCAUUGUGUCGGAUUGGAUCGUACAGAAAUUGCGGAGGAAGAUGAUUAUAUUUGUAGCAACUGUAAAGAAGCCGAUAAAAGUGCAUCGUCGAGAUCCGCGCCAGAUCCGGCUGAAUCAUUAGGCCUGGAUGCACUUCUUUCCCUUUCUCAGCCCCAGGAGUACCAUGGCAGCACCACCGACACAGAAGCGGGUGUCUAGGAAAACGACAUUCCUCGUCCUAGGAUUCACUAGCCCACUUCGUGUCGUCUGUUAGCUCCGCACGAGGCUCCGGGACGUUUGCGAUAAUAGCGACUCUCGAUCUAUGAACUCGCGAUGCAAAGUUAACGUUAACCAUCGUUUCUCACCGAACUAUUGCAGGUCGUACGUUAUUCGAAUAUCGUUUAUCAGCGAGCGAGCGAACUUAAGAUGCAAAGUAUUAUAGCAUAGUUGAAUUACGGUAUAGCGAUCAUACAUAGUGAACAUUUCUUAUAAAUUGUGGUUUUCAUUUGUAUUUUGCAAAGAUUAUAGAUAUUUAGAUGCUAGUAGCAUCGCUAGUCAAUCAUCGAUCCGCAUUUAUACAUCGAUCUAUGAAAAUUUCAUUCACAAUUAGGGACAGUGCUGCACAAUGCACGAUAUCGAAAAAUUAUUUCUAUGCUUCCAUGUACACAUACACAAUCAACGCACUUACGCGCGUGCGUCUUGGAAUUCGAUUGUACGAAGAUACAUACGCUAGUUUUACCUUGACCUACGCACGACUGUGAAAGUAUUCGUCUGUGUUGUUUCGUUGGAUUGAUAUUUUUUUUUUUUUUUUUUUUUUUUACGAAAAAUUAUUGAUUUUAUUUCACACCAACAGCGGACGAAUCACGGAUGAACCGUGAUGUACGCCUUUAUAGUUUUGUAAUCGAUUUUUCCGUAGAGAUGAAUGUUAUUGCCGGUUUUUUUUUUUUAAUCUUAUGUAAUCGCGCCUUUCACUGUGGAUGAUACGAGAUAGUUUCUACGCGAGAUAAUUAACGAUCUGUGACCACGAGAUGCUGCAUCAUUUGCAGCAAUCUUAACAACACGGUCUAUAAUGCGUGUUAUCUUAACUAUUAAUAUUGGUAUACCCUGAAAUGAGGAUAUAUUACAAGCCGAUUAACCCGAUGAACGAUAUUCUCGAAGAUGUUGUCGGUUCAACAAUGAUUUAUCCACAACCAAUCGUUCCGGAAUAUGGCGUUACGACGGCGAAGUGUCCGUCGAUCUUUUGUAUCGGCUUUCAAAACGUCUGUUGGGUGCACAAAGCGACAAGCGAGGAUUUCCUUUGCGCCGAUCCGAUCGUAUGUACAGAAUAGACUGAGAGAUGUGUGUAUUAUGAUUAUACAUAAAUAUAGAUUAUACAUAUAGGAUAUUAGAAUAUAUCAGAAGAUAGAAUAAACAUAAGCUAUAGUUUGUAUAAAAUAAAAAGAAACGAUUCAGACAAGCAGAUAAAUUAGCAUAUCUACUCUGCCUUCCCGAAAUAGUAAUCUGUAAAUAUUCUGUUUUUGCACCAGAGGCUAUACAACUCUACUGUGUUUUGCGUUUACACUUGUUUAUAAUUUUUACGACUCUCCUCAUCUUAUAUCUGUUCGUCAUCUAUGCAAUUUUCCAAAUUCUUAACCAUAGAGCUGCAUUUUAUCAUGUUCCUCUUUUCAAAUAAUUGUCAAAAUUAAGUUACUGAAUUAUUAAGUACAACAAUUUUGUGGAUUAUUAUCACAUAACGUGGAUAAGAUUAUUAGUUUGUAUUUCAGAGAGUAUACAAUCAAAUAAUAUUAAGCAGAUACGUUAUUAGAUUGCAAGAUUUAUUAGAGAAGCAUUUUAUGAAGACGUUGAUUUUUGCGAUAAGCCGCGUUGACUUUCCACCAAGAAUGCCAUUAUUCUAUAUGUAGAACGUCUUAUCACAAAUUGAGAUUGGAUAUUUGAACGAGCGUUGAUUCUGAUACGAAUUUUCGAAAUUCGCUUUAUAUCAAUAUCUUUAACUAUUAUUUCUUUUUUAACUACUAUGAAAAGUUUGUGUUUCUUAACUUAACGUAAAAGUUCCAUCCAAUGCGAAAUGUAUGCGGAACGCAGAGUGUUUUAUAUUAUAGAGCAAGAACUUUUAUCUUAGGCUAAAUCGCGAAUAAAUCGUGAACGAGUCUGAAAGAAUUAUAUAUAAAUAUAAUUACUGAUAAAAAAAUUGAAGAAUCUUGAGUUUUGUAGCAAAAACCCGAAAAGAUUAAAUCAACGACAGCACAGUGUGUUUUAAAUAGUUGUAUACUUGUUGGAUAAACCUUGACGUUUGAUGAACGAGCUUUGCUAACGAACACGGAGGAUUAUUGUUCUAGUAUUAAUUAUAGCCUAAGAGAAACGUUGAAGAAUUCGAUUGAUAGAAUUUUAUUGUAACACGAAUUUAUUAUAAAACUGACUCUACUGACAAAUUCUAGCCACUAGUACAUUGUCGGCAAUGAGUAUGCUACUUUUUAUUUAAAACAGGCUGUGAAACAAAGAAUCGACGAGUUGUGUAUACAUAUAUUUUUGUAUAGAUCAAUAAGAUCGAAUAAUCGGUAAUUUCGAUUAAUGUUGGACGUGACGCAGGUAAUAUAAUCUAACAGAUUUCUAAUGAUAGCAUUUUCAAGAACGCUAACAUUAGUCGUUGACAUUUCGAUAUCUUUGUCUCAUUAUUUUUUCUUUCUUAAUAUAACAAUGUAUAAUAUCAAUUCAGUUUCGGUACUAGAAAAACGGGACGCAAGAUAUUUAAAAUUAAAAUAUUUUGUGUUUGACAGUUAUACAUAUUAUAUUUAUCUUUGUUGAGCGUGCAUUGUCAAUGCGUUACCGUAAAGGGAAAUCGGAACGGUAUAUCGUCUUAUGUAUUCUAGCUAGAUUCUAACUACUGUACUACUGCGUUACCGUGAGAUAUUUGUAUCAUUUCAGAUUAUUAAUUACUCGUUAGAUACCUAAGGCACAAGUGCCUACAUGCCUUUCUAUCUAACACCCUAUUACGUGCAUCGACUUUCUCGUUGUGCGCAAACAUCUCGGCAGCAUCAUUCUCAGCGUAAUAUGAAAUAGUCGUGCAAAUUGUGUUAAAUUAGCGUAAAUUACUCGUGAUUAUUUAGUCCAUUGAAUGAUGAAUGUUACAUUUUUACGCAGCUAAUAGUUUUGUAAAUAUACUUUUACCUUGAUAUGCGCGCACACACAUGCAUAAACACAACGAAAUUCUUUUCUAAAUAGUGGGGAUAAUAUUUUUGCAGAAUUAAUACUCGAAGCAGUUUUUGAGAGAAGUGACAUUUUCACGGAUUAGAAUUUUCAUUACUGGGAUAGGAUUUUUCAUACUUAGCGUAGUCUUUUUUUUCUAAUAUAGAUUAUUAUAUAAUUAAAGCUGCGAUCUUCUCCGCAGCAGGUAAAUAUUACGAAUGAUUCUGGUAUUCUGUUGUGAAUUUAUUAUAUUCUCGAGCGCCUCUACAGUUUUACCGUAAUUUAUCUUGAAACCUUUUGACCAGGGCGUGUAUAAUUUACUCGCCAUCGAAUAAUUGUAUAAAGCGAAACAUUUCUGUAACUUCUGAAGGCUAACUUAAUAUGUAUAGCGAUAAAGAUAUAUCAUCACUUUGCAAUAGGACCUUAUUUGAGGCGAAGCCCCGCUCCUUUCGAUAAGAAAGCGAUUUACUUCUUGUUGCAUAUAUUAUCGUAGAUGUAUCUAUGAAUAAAUCACUUGACGUCAAA